GCGAUAUCCCUCCGAGCAGUCAAGAGAGCGGGUAGGAAGAAUGAUUUGAUUAUGCUAACCGAGAAGGACCAGCUCGUAUCGGCUGACAAGGAGAAGAUCAAGAUAGUAGGGCGUAUGACGAAUGUCGCGUUCCGAUUGGGAAAAGUGCAUGCUUUAGGAGAUGUUGUGUUACUGGAUGUGAAAACGUAUGACGUCUUGUUCGGGCUUCCUGCAUUAGUGGCGCUGCGUGCUAAUUUGGACUUCGAACGCCGAUCGGUCAUUCUCCAGAAUACCGGGGGAAAGCCGUAUGUAAUACCCAUGAGACUAACUCUUCGAACGUCGGUUAAGGUCGUACCCCAACUUUCUCCGGAAACAAAGGGAGCGCUCCGCAUGGUCUCCUGGGAUGCACCUGUGGACGGAGGCCAAUCAUCGAACGACGCGUGGAGCGACGACGAUGACGACCCAGUCGUUACACGGUGUGCUAACUACUUCAGCAAGUUCGACAUUCGGCAUGGGUUUCAUCAUAUCUUGGUGAAAGAAGAAGAUCGGCCCAAGACCGUCUUCGUUUUGUUUGCAGGCACGUGGCAGUGGGUUUGGUGCCCGAUGGGAAUCUGCAAUGCGCCUGCCACGUUUCAGCGGGCAAUGAAUGUAACUUUUCAGAAUUUCGUCAAUAAGACGCGGCUGACUCAGGGGAUGAUCAACUUUUGUGUCAUUGUGUACAUGGACGACAUUCUGGUGUACUCGGACACGUUUCACGGACACGCGCAGCACAUCGAAUGGACGUUGGGAGCGUUGAGAGACGCGGGUUUCAAGAUUGCGCUGGAAAACAGUGAGUUUUUCCUUCCGGAAAUCUCGUUCUUGGGGUAUGUGGUGACACGUGGAGGCCUGCGGCCGGACUCUCGAAAAGUCGCGGCGGUCAAGGAGGCCCCGGUUCCGACCUCAUUGACGCAGGUUCGAGCCUUCUUGGGUCUGGCCCCGUACUACCGGCGGUUCAUCAAGGGGUUUGCGGCUAUAGCAAGGCCUCCGACAAACCUGUUGCGAAAAGAACAACCCCUUCAUUGGGAUGACGAGUGCGACCAGGCCUUCGGGACCCUGAAGGAUGCUCUCGUCACGGCCCCGAUUCUGAUCCGCCCGGACCCCUCUCGGCAGUUUAUUCUCAUCACCGACUGGCGGCCGGAGGCUAUUUCUGCCAUUCUGGCGCAGAAGGGAAACAAUGGGAAGGAGCACGUCAUUGAGUACGCUUCCCGGACGGUGCCAGACGAGCGACGAAACGAUUCCGCGCCACAAGGAGAAUGCUAUGCGGUAGUGUGGGGUAUCCAACACUUCCACCCGUAUUUGUACGGUCAGAAGUUUCUGCUCGUCACCGACCAUGAACCUCUGUUGGCUCUGAAGAAGCUAACCAACUACACGGGCAUGAUCGGACGAUGGGCGGUGCGGUUGCAAGAAUAUGAAUUUGACAUUGUUCAUCGAAAAACGGAAAGACACGGCGACACCGACGGACUGACACGUCUGCACCGACCCGGCCGACCGCGCUUGGUGCCCCACAUAACCUCGCGCACGCUGUCGCCGUGUCUUCAGUGGUCAGCUUGCGUGGAGGGCUUCCCAUCGAGAAUUCCGCCUUCACGGUUGGAUUACUUGGAUCCGCGCGACAUCGUGGAUCCCGCUUUCUACAGACCGCCGUACGAAGACGAAUUGGAGGAGAUAAUCCGCGAGGAGCUCACGGAAGAAAGUUCGGAGGAAGAGGAGGAGAAUCUGAAUGAAGAAGAAGGGGAGCCGGCACAGCAACGAGAAGGAGACGAAGACAAGCUCCUGCAAACGGAGAGCGAAGAGGAAGACGAAGAAGAAGAUAGCGAGCAAGGGAGCGACGACGACAACGACGAGGAGCACGCCAACGAGGAUCCCCAGCUGGAGAUUGCGCCGGUUGCUGAUCUUCCGAUCAGCAACGAUCCAAUGCUCGACCCGGAGCCACCUCGGCCAGACGAUGGCCAUGCGAAUAUGUUCACGUUCGCCUCCAAGCGGGAACACGGUGCUACGUAGGUGCAAGGUGCGGAAACAAGCUCAAAAAAAUGGGAAAAAAAUGAAAAAAUUGAGAUGCGUAUAACCAAGGAAAUCCUAAGCAUGAAAUUGACAAUGAAAGCAUUAUCAUUCU